UCCAUUAAUUAUGAACUAGUUCACGUACAUCGCUGUCUGUCACAAACUAUUUGCGUCAUCUCCAGAUAUUUGUAGAUGAAAUUUUUAUAAGUGUUUUUGAUGCAGUUUUAAUUUUGUUCUGUUGUGUUUCCCAUAAAUAAAGUGUAACGGAAAAUAUAUGGAUUCGUUCUUUCUACACAGAUUUUCUUGAUACGUGUAAAUAACAUCCAUUUCCUGCAUUGAGAAACGCGGAAAAAAGUUAAUCCUAAAUUAUAGAGAUGACUCUUAUUGAAGGUGUUGGAGAUGAAGUCACAGAUUUUUGUAUUGUUAUGGUCGUACUCUUAAUAGGCUGGCUUGCCUGGUGUUCUACAAGUAUUACAGAUCAGCCAUUAAUACGCACAGUACUUAUUUUACAACAUCGCACACGCACACGUAUUGCUGAGCUUCGAUCUAAUCAUCCUAUAAGCUCCUUUAAUCGUCCUCCAAAUUUGGAAAUAUCAGAGGAAGAAUCUGCAGAACCGAUUACAGAUGAUAGUAGUGACAAUGCACAAAGUUGUCCUGAACCAUCUGUUGCAGACACAAAUGGGGGAGUGUCUCCAGAAACACAUGGAACACCUGAGGCAACUGCUACAGAAGAAGUACUCAUUGAAGCUAUGGACUCAUUUAAUGAUGAUAAUACAACAUUGCUACAAAGACAAACCAAAGUAAACACCACAGGGGAAACAAAUGUAUUAACAUCAAUGAGCAGUGAUACAAUAGAAUGCCCUUCUGAAAAUCUUUCAGCAAAUAAUGCAAAUGAAAUUAGCAUAAAACUUAUAUUCAUAAAUGAUGAUCAAAAAGUAGUCACUGGUAGCCUCAAAGAGCUUCUAGGAGACUUUAAAAGGAGACAUUUCCAAAUAGAACUUGAAUCACAGAAAUUGGUACGAUUAAUUUUUAAAGGUCGGGUAUUACAACCUGACAGUCAGACGUUGGAACGAUGUGGAUUGUACAAUAACUGUGUAGUACACUGUCUGGUACAUCAGCCUCGACCUAAUCCUGUAUCACCUCAAACCUCGACAUUGAAUAAUUCAUCAUCAAUUUAUUUUAACCCUCAGUCAUUUUCGGAUAUACCUGCUGGUACAGGAAUUAGUUCAGUACAUAGUGAAUGGAAUUUGAGUAGACUGUUAGUGAGCGUUUUAACACUGAUGUUAUGUUUGGCUUGGUAUUCUAGAUACCACUACGCUCAAUUUUUUACUGCAACUACUACGCUUGCAUUGUACGCGCUCACUGCAAUUUUCACAGUUUCAUUGUUCAGUAAUUACUUUCCUGACCAUGAUAAUAUCAGAAAUAUUGAAUAAAUGUAAAUUGGUUGUAUCAAGAAGUACUUUGAGACAUGAUUUUGUAAUACUAAUAUUAAUAUCAUUUAAAUGUAUAUGUUCCUAACAUUACAAAGAACAUGGUGGUCUAUUGUGAUUUUUAUCAAUUAUUCAAAAUAACUUAUUUGAGUAAGAAAUAAAAUACAUCCAAUAGUUAGUAACGACCGCAUUUCAGUUGAAAUGGAUUUGUAAUAUAUUCGAAAUUAAUUUAUAUAUGUAGAGAAGAUUCUUUUGAGUUAACAUAAAAGUAUAAUAACUUAAGAAAACGUAUGUUAUCACAUGAAAUUUGUAUCAAGAAAUACUUUAGUGAGUAGGCAAUACUUGUUCGUUUCAAUAUAUGUGAAAUUAAUCUUUGAUAAAUAUUAUUCGAUUGUUGAAUUAGUUGUAUAAUAAAUAUUAUGUACUGUGGUUACAAUGGUGCUGUAUUGUAUUUCAAAGAAGUUUUAUUAUAUAUUCAUAA